UUUGUUAAUAUUGCAAUCAAGAUUCAAGAACAUUUUACAUCUACUCAACAAUUCUCAGCUGGGUUUUCUAAGUAUUUGAUCCAAAGGCUGAUAGUUCAUGAGGGUGUUGUUUAAUAAAAGUCCUCACUUUUGAAAAAGAAUGUUUUGUUUGGAAGUUCUUUAAACAGUUCAAAUUCAAAUCAAAGGUUUCUCAGACUAAAGUUACAAAUUUGAGGGCAAGUUGUGAAAGGCUUUGAAAUGGAAUCUGCAGCUGAUACUGAAGAGAGUUAUGAUUUGGGCUAUGAGCCAUCACCAUCUUCUGUUGAUCAGACUGAUCAUUCACCUACAGAAACGACUUCGUAUUCAACAAUCAGUGGAGAUUCUUUUAAGCACCGACGAAUGUACUCUGAGAUCUCUGCAUCUUCAGAGCUUACAUAUGACAGCAGCUACUCGGAUACGCCAUCUCCAGUAUGCUGGCCAGCUAUGAAAUCUCCUAAUCUGACUGCACUUACAAGACUGGAAACACGACAGCAGAAACCGGAGAAUCAAGAACCAGUAGAUAUCGAACUUGAGAUGAUGAAGGAAAGAUUUUCGAAGCUGUUGUUGGGCGAAGACAUGUCAGGGAGUGGGAAGGGAGUUUGCACAGCAGUCACAAUCUCCAAUGCUAUAACAAAUCUCUAUGCUUCCGUGUUUGGCCAACACCUCAAGUUGGAGCCGCUGCAUCUGGAAAAGAAACUGAUGUGGAAAAGAGAGAUGAAUUGCCUUCUAUCUGUAUGUGAUUAUAUAGUGGAGUUUGUCCCGGCAUCACAUAAUUUAAAAGACGGAACAGCUGUUGAGAUUCUGACGAAUCGGCCACGAUCUGAUAUCUCUAUCAACCUUCCAGCACUGAGAAAACUUGACGCAAUGCUAGUCGAACAAGUCCUUGAAAGUUUCCAUGAUAUGGAGUUUUGGUAUGCAGAACAAGGUAGCAUGUCAGGAAAUUCAACACGUUCAGGCUCGUUCAGGAGGAUCAUUCCUCCACCUCAGCGCACAGAACAGAAGUGGUGGCUGCCAGUUCCUUGCGUGCCUUCCAACGGCCUCUCUGACGAGUCAAGGAAGCAUUUACGACACCAACGCAAUUGCACUAAUCAAAUCCUGAAAGCAGCAAUGGCAAUUAAUAGUAGCAUUCUUGCUGAGAUGGAAAUCCCAGACACAUAUAUUGCAUCUCUUCCUAAGAGUGGAAAAGAAAGUGUUGGAGAUACAAUAUAUCGCUAUAUGUCACAAUGUUCUGCAAACAAAUUCUCCCCAGAUUAUCUUCUCAACUAUCUGAAUAUAAGUUCCGAACAUGAAGCACUCGAGCUAGCAGACCGCGUUGAGGCAUCCAUGUAUACAUGGAGGCGUAAAGCCUGCUUGAAUCCUUCAAAAUCAUCAUGGAACAUGGUGAAAGACCUUAUGUCUGAUAUUGACCGAAGUGAUAAAAACACGGUCUUAGCUGAAAGAGCUGAGAUUCUGUUGUUUACCUUGAAGCAACGGUAUCCGGAACUUUCACAGACAACCUUGGAUACAAGCAAAAUCCAAUGCAAUAAGGAUGUAGGACAAGCAAUUUUAGAGAGCUAUUCAAGAGUCUUGGAAGGUUUAGCAUUUAACAUUGUUGCUUGGAUUGAAGAUGUACUGUUCAUGGAUAAAUCUACGAAGAACCUGGUAGUGGAGUCUAGAUAACGAGUUCUUGUGAGCUUUCACUGAAAACUCGAGCCUCGGUGCAGGAGAAGUGGCACGGUAUCUUUUAGUUCUCGGCCAUUUUUGUGAAAUCUCUUAAAAUAUAUGUUCCUGGAUCAGCAGACAGAUGGUAAUCUGAUGAAGUGAGACUGUAGAUGUUCAAAACCCUCGGGUCUUUUUCUCUUCCGUGUUUCUUUACUUGUAAAUUGUCCUCAAGCAAAUUGCAGCAUUGUCAAAGAAAAAACAUACUAUGGUUUUGACAUAAUUCAACAUGAGUAAAUUUACUCGGUAUAGAAGCAUUAUUAAAUCACAAGAAGAAGAAAGUUAUAUAGUUAGAUAAUAAGCUGUCUUAAAU